AGCCAGGGAAUGAACGAUGCAUUCAUUUCUGCACUCUCAAUCGACCAGAAUGGCCAAGAGUUAAAGGUACUUAUGCACGUGAAACCUAAUCUUUGUUCCGGCAAACAGGAAAGGGCAAUUUUUCCAUCGCUGCAGAUAUCCUGCUUGAAGAAAACCACAAGAAGCAUCGCAUUUAUCAUGAGUUGAAAGGGGGAGCUGAGGGAGUGGGCGAACUGUGAGUUUGUACUGAAAAGCCUGAGAAAGAAUCCGCACGGCAGAGCAAAAUUAGAAAGCAGCAAAAAUGUAUAACGGAGCUACCAGUAAGACAGCGAGGAGUGUGCUCCGGAGUUCCAGUAUAAGCGGAGAGAUGUAUGAUAUGGAGAAGAGCAACACUAGCCAGCAGGAAGCUGUGGCGGACAAUGCCAUUAAGAAGAGACGGUCUAGUCUCGGUGCCAAAAUGGUGGCUAUCGUUGGACUGUCGCAAUGGAGCAAAAGUACAACACAACUAAACCAGACCGCUCCCAAGAAUAUCUCCGCUGUCCUGUGCCAGGGGAUCGUGGGUCACUGGCUUGCGCCCAUGAUUGCCCCACGUGAAGCAGCUACAAAGAAAUUGCGAAGCAACAUCCGGAGGAGCACGGAGACAGGGAUUGCUAUGGAAAUGAGAAACCGCGUGACACGGCAAGGCAGCAGAGAAUCGACAGAUGGCAGCACCAACAGUAACAGCUCUGAUGGCAAUUUGGUUUUCCCCACAGCACGACUGGGAGCAGAUGGCCAGUUCAGUGACUUUUUGGAUGGAAUUGGCCCUGCGCAGCUUGUGGGGAGGCAGACAUUGGCAGCACCUUCCAUGGGUGAUAUUCACAUUGGGAUGGCUGACCGAAGUGGACAGCUAGAGGUGGAGAUUAUUCAAGCCAGAGGACUGACCCCAAAGCCUGGCACUAAAGCUCUGCCAGCUCCAUACAUUAAGGUGUACCUGCUGGAGAAUGGCGUGUGUAUAGCAAAGAGAAAAACCAAGAUAUCAAGGAAGUCCCUGGACCCUGUUUACCAGCAAGCCUUAUUGUUUGAUGAAGGUCCACAGGGGAAGGUCUUACAGGUGAUUGUGUGGGGUGAUUAUGGUCGGAUGGACCACAAGUAUUUCAUGGGCAUGGCCCAAAUCCUGUUGGAGGAGCUCGACCUGUCAACCCUGGUAACUGGCUGGUACAAACUCUUCCCAUCCUCGUCUCUUGUGGACUCGACAGUGGCUCCCCUCACUCGCCGCCUCUCUCAGUCCUCUCUGGACAGUAGCACAGGUCCGGCUGGGCACUCUACCUAACAGACAA